CUCGAUGAUCCGCUCUAAAAUACAGUUUUUGACCUCACAACUUUGUCCUCUCUCCCUCUAACUCGAGAAAGAAUACUCCCAUGUACGAUCGAUACCAUUAAUUAGGUGUAACUACCUAUGAGGAAGGGGGGGGGGCUGUACCAAAUAUCCUAUCGAUUCGCGUUUUUUAUAAGGUACUUCAGCAUCUGCUAUUCGCUCCUGUUGAAACAACGUCUUCAGUUCACGCGUCUUAACAAAUAAGGUGCCUAAGUGAAGGGAAGAGUUUUUCUGAAAGCACGAGCUACGUACUUUCCUUUAGAUAUUGUCGUAUGCAAUUUCGACGUUCAGUGGUUUCUAUCAUCGUUUAUUCUGUUCUACACCCUCUGCGCCGACAAACUAGUAAACGUAUACUUCAUGUAUGCCAUAGAAUUAAUUGCAUUUCUUAUUAUUCUAAUUUUCAUGGCGUUAUCGUUAUUUCAUCACAGUAAGCUAUUCUUCAAAUUAUGGAUUCACAUUAGGCUGCCUAAAGCGUGUUGUGUGCUAGUUGUUCUCAAACCUGUGACUUAGGUUCAUCUCAUAAGUUGUUUCUAUCCAGAGGUGUGCACACAUUAGAUAGAGAGCUGGGGGGGGGCGGGGGAGCGUGCAUAGGAGAACGCAUGCUAAUACACGACUUAUUAACAGGUGCUAACUCUAACUUUUGUGAUGCAUUAGGUGUACUGUUUUUAAAUAAAUUCUUUUCAACUGUUGCUUCUGUAGCAUGUAUUCAUUGAUGUCGAGUCGUGGAUACCAUGCGUAGGAUGGUAUGUUUCUACUCAUAUGCAAACGAAUCAAGCGUCUGGACUUAUUGCAGCGCCUUGCAUCGUAAGUAUGUUUUCACUGACCAUAGGUGGUAAGUGUGGAUGUUUGGAUAGUAAGAAUAAAAAUAAGAUUUUUAUGAUUUUACACUUUUUUUUCUUGCAUAAAGGUCUGGUUUAUGGCUUGUGUAUUUCCAGGAAGAGGGAAUGGUGUGAGUAGAUAGAAGGCGGCGGCUUACACACUAUUCAUGCAAUUUCAAUGUGUUGUAUUUUUUUUCUUCUCUUUCUCCUUUGCAUUUUUUUCAAAGCAACAAGCACACAUACCCUCAUUUUUUUACUUCUUUUUUCUCCGGACCAUUGAUUUUAUAAACAAUACCCUUGCUAUGUCAAAAAAACUUGAGGAUAAUUGGGAGGAUGUUGAGGAAGUCGGCGAGCCAGAGGGGGAAGAGGAGGACACAUCUAUUAACAACUCUGAUGUGGUGGUACGCUACAAAAAGGCGGCAGUAUGGUGCAAUGAGACCCUUCAAAUUCUUAUAGAUGCGACAAAGCCUGGUGUAAAGGUAUUCGAGCUUUGCAGGCUCGGUGACGAAACGAUCGCUAUGAAAGUCAAAACUAUGUUUAAAGGUACAGAAAAAGGUAUUGCCUUUCCUACCUGUAUCUCUGUGAAUCACUGCGUGUGCCACAACAGCCCUGGGGCCUCAGAUGAGGAAAAGCCGCAGGAAAUUAAGCUGAAUGAUAUCGUUCACUAUGACCUAGGCGUGCACGUGGAUGGCUACAGUGCACAAGUUGCUCACACUAUUCAGGUCACUGAAAGUGGUGAGUUAGGCACUAACGAGAAGGCCACUAAAGUAAUUACUGCUGCUCACAAUAUUCUAAACACGGCUCUUCGAAUGAUGCGCCCCGGCGUAAGCGUUUAUGAUGUGACACAAAUUAUCGAAAAGGCUGCUGAGCAUUAUGGUGUGACUCCUGUCGAUGGUGUACUCUCGCAUAUGAUCAAGAGGUACAUUGUUGAUUCAUACCGUUGCAUUCCGCAGCGGAAGGUGGCGGAGCACAUGGUGCAUGACUACGAAUUUGAGAAUGCACAAGUGUGGACACUAGACAUUGUCAUGUCCUCUGGUAAAGGCAAGCUUCGGGAGCUCCACACGCGGCCUUACGUGUACAAAACAGCUUUGGAGUCAAACUAUACACUAAAGAUGGAGAGUGCGCGAGAGUUGGAGAAAGAAAUCGAGAGCAAAUUUAUGACUUUUCCAUUCGCCAUUCGCAAUCUAGAGUCCAAGAAGACACGUCUAGGGCUAAAUGAAAUGCUAAAACACAAUGCUGUAGUGCCUUAUCCGGUACUCUACGAGCGCGAAGGAGCAGUUGUUGGACAUUUUAAGAUAACGUUAAUGAUAACCAAUAAAAGAAUCGAGCCCAUUACCGGCCUCAAGAUGCAGAAAGGGCCCGCUCUCGAGCCCUACACUGACGAGCUGCUUCUAGCCGCCAAUAAGUCUCCUCUUUUGUUUAACAAGAAAAAAUCCGCGGAAUAA